CGAAGAGGCGCGAAACCAACUCGAAUUCCAUCAUCGGUCAGUCCCUCAACUCCACUUCUUGUGCAUGCUCUUCGAUGAACAAGUACGAAGUGCUUGGGAUUGUGGGCGAAGGAGCGUACGGUGUGGUGCUGAAAUGCCGCAACAAAGAGAAUGGCGAGGUCGUCGCAAUCAAAAAGUUCAAAGAGAGCGAGGACGACGAGAUCGUGCGCAAGACGACGCUGCGCGAGGUGAAGCUGCUCAAGAUGCUCAAGCAAGAGAACAUUGUCAACUUGAAGGAGGCGUUCCGACGAAAAGGCAAGCUCUACCUCGUCUUCGAGUACGUCGAGCGGAAUCUGCUCGAAGUCCUAGAGGAGAAACCCACGGGCCUCGACCCCGAGCUUGUACGUCGGUACAUUUACCAAUUGAGCCGGGCGAUCCACUACUGCCAUGAGAAUGGCGUCGUCCAUCGCGAUAUCAAGCCGGAAAACCUCCUCGUGAACCCAAACUCGGACCAUUCGCUUCGUCUGUGCGACUUUGGGUUUGCGCGGCUAAUUGCUGAGAGUCAGUCCCAAGAGCUCACAGAUUACGUGGCCACGCGGUGGUAUCGGUCCCCUGAACUCCUCCUCGGGAGCACCAAAUACGGCAAGAGCGUCGACAUUUGGGCCAUCGGGUGCAUCAUGGGCGAAUUGCUGGAUGGGCAGCCGCUGUUUCCUGGCGAAAGUGAGAUCGACCAGCUGUACAUGAUUCAAAAGAUGCUGGGGCCGCUCACCCCCGACCACAUGGACCUGUUUCUGUCCAACCCGAGGUUCGCGGGCCUCAAGUUCCCCGACAUGACACGCCCCGAGACGCUGCAAAAGCGGUUUGUCGGCAAAAUCCCCAAACGCGCACUUGGGUUCCUCAAGGGCACGAUCCAACUCGGUCCGGACGAGCGCAUGACGUCCGUCGAGUGUGUCCACCACCCGUACUUUGAAGGGCUCGAAAACGAAAUGGACGAGCUCAAGUGGAACAACCAGCCGAGUCCAGUGAUGACCAAACCAUCGACCAAGGAGCCCCCCGACCACCACACAACAACGACGACCACGCUGGCUUCGUUCGACGAUUCGUCCGCCACCACCACCACAUCGUCGUCGUCGUCGUCCCUGCUGCUGCUGGACAAGCCGCCAAAGGCCCGAAAAGACAGCCCCCCUCAGCUCCAAAACGCCACCGAACCAACCACCACAUCGUCAACUUCCCGGUCCAAGAAAGAUCCAAGUAAAAAGAAACGGGAGAAUCAGAAAGCGACCAAAGACAAGCAGCACCCGAAUGGCGGCGUGUCGGACGAGGGGGCGGGCAAGGAAGCGCGAGGCGCGGUGCGCAAUGUUGAAUACGGAAGUGGGCACCACGACGGCCACGAAGCCGACUACGCAGACUUGGCCAUGCCCAAAGAAUACUCGAACACUAGUAGCCGUAAAAAGUCGUCGGCCAAGGGCUCAAAGCCCCCUCGAGCGCCCCCGCCCGCAGAGGACAAGCCGUCCCAACCAUCCAUUCCAAAGCCCAGCUCCAAAUCAUCAUUUGCGAAAUCCGUCGCGCCGUGCCCUAGUCCAGCGUCGGCGACCCCUUCCGCCAUCGCGGCCGCUUCCAAGGUCGUCUCGUUAUCUUCGUCGACGCCGCCGCCGUCCGAGUCGGCCGCCAUGUCCGGUCGACGGAAAAAGUCCACGUCGUCCCUGCACAAAGCUGACAGCAAAACCACCAGUUCCACCUCCCACAAGCGAACGCCCAAAGACCCCCCCGACGCCAAGAUGGUCAAGUCCGUGACGGUGCUGCCCAAGUACCAGAAAGAGUCCAAGCACCUGCCAAACUUGGCGUUUGGAGGCGACGACGGCGACGGCGGCAACGACAGCGACUCGGACUCCCCCCCUCCCGUGUGUACUAGUAGUAUGCGAAAGUCGAGUCCCCACCACCAACCUUCGUACCACGGCGGCCUGCAACCCCUGCGAUCCGACGCGAAAGACUCGUCCACGAGGACAAGUAACUUAUAACCCACUUGUAUGUAAGGCUUGGUCACUCGUUC